GUUUGCUUGGUGGGGUAGGUUUGGGAAGCUAUGCUCCCCACAAUCUUGAGGUGGGGUAGUAGUUUAUGGUAGAAUUAGCUGGCAGAGCUGGGGAAUCAUCUGAGUUAUUUUCCUCCUGGCUUUUGUUUUCUCUCUGCAGGCAUGGGUUGGAAUUGGAGUCUGUUCCCGCACCUGAUUGUAGCCAGCAUGAUGUGGUUAUUAACUACUCUUCAUUCACCUAUCGAUGCCGCCCAGAAAAAAACGCAGCCGGCGUUCUCAGAAAGCCCCACUGCUAUUCCACCAGCAACCACUGGAGGGCCCCAAACACCGCUGUGGGUCUCCACAGCUUCGCAUCAGCCGCACUAGACAGGUGCCCAGCAAGCCCAUUGACCACAACACCAUCACAUCCUGGGUAUUGCCUCAGUUUGAUACGACAGCACAAAGCUGUUUCCAAGUUUACCGGAAACGUCAUCACCAAGACCAGGCAAGACAUUCAAGUCGAAAAUCUACCACUUCCAAGUUUCCACAGCUAACCUUUGAGAGUCCACAGUCUUCUUCCAGUUCAGUGACAUUGGGGAUCCCCUUAAUCAGGGAGCCUCCCAAGCAAUCAGAAAAGGACAUUUCCAGAACGCCCUUAGUUCCAAUCCUCAGUUCCCAAAGCUAUGGGGAACUGUCAGUACAUACACUUCAAAGCCCACCUUAUGUGUUCAUUCCACCUGACAUCCAGACUCCAGGGUCAUCUUCUGUGAAGGAAACACCCAUUUCCCCAGAUCAGAAGGAAAACAGGCUUCCAGGCUGCGCCCUUCAUACUAGUAUUCCUAAGAGCCCAGAGCCUGGGCCUAUUCUGGUUAAAGACACUCCUCAGGAGAAGUAUGGGAUAAAGGUCACCUGGAGGAGACGGCAGAACCUGUUGGCUUGCCUCAGGAAGAGAGGGAAGCUGAGCAGAAGCCAGUUCCUUGUGAAAAACUGACAUCAGCCUCUCUCUUUAUUAAGAAACUCAAGAAAUUGACUGCUGGUUUUCAUAGAGUUGCUAAAGUCACUCUUCUGGCUUGCAAGAGAGUGUAUCAAUAGAAUAAAAUGGAAAUAACACCCGUAGGAAGAAGAUAUUUUAACUAGAGCCCUAGAGUCAUAAGGGAAUUCAAUUCCCUGAUUUACUUUUUAAAAUAUCUGGUGUCAUAAACAGUUCACUUCAUGUUUUUCUUAUAUUAACUCUUUAAAAUUAAAUUUCUUAUACUAACACAAUACAUGUAAAUAAAUAGUUAAUAGAAAGUUUUAUUUAGAGAACCCUGCAUUUUACUGUCAAUAGUAUACUGCCCUUCCACAAAAGGUCUUUCUUGUUUCCCUCAACUGCUACUCAUUCAUUAAUCUUUUAGUCAUCUCAUUCAAACAAAUUACAUUUACAUUUCUGAGUACCAACUCUGUGUCAGGCUCAAUGCCACUUCCUCUAUGACCGAAUGGACAGAAAAAAAGCAAAUUCAUUGUAACUUUUUAUGGUUGAGUUGCCGCCUCUACAACCUUGGCUCAUCUGUUGAUGGCAAGAUGAGGAAGGGGCAGCAAGCCCUGUUUUAGUGAAUACUGUAGGAUCGAGAGAGGAAGGGGACAGAGAAAAACUAAGUUUGCUUAUGUUUUGACUUUUUGUUCCCAGAUAAAUCCAUAAAUAUUAAAUAAGGUGGGAAAAUGAUUUCCUGUAGUAAUGGUUUAAAUGUAUAUAAAUAAAUGUGGAAAGUUUUCAGGGAAUAUUACUUCCUAUUGUAAAUAAUGCAGAAGGACUCUCUGGUUAACAAAAUGUCUCAAUUGUCCUUUCAUACAAAUAUCAUCUCAUUCAAUCCUAUUUAUUAAGAACCUACUUAAUAAAUGUGUCAGGUCCAGCCUGAGGUUGACCAAGCAGGGAUUAUUCUGCUUAUUUUACAGAUGUGAAUUUGAAGCACAGAGAAUGAAUUGUGUUCAGGGUCAGACAGUGAGUGGAGGCUGACCCAGUGAGUUAAAUGCCCCGCAGUCCUAGCUUAAUGUCAAGUUCUAUGCCUCUUAAAAAAUCAGCUUGUUUUGAAAACUAAUGUAGAACAACUUUGACCUUGGAAUACAAUAAACUAAAGUCAAUGUCUAGUAACUUUUGUCAGGAUAUUCUGUAGGGUCUGUAGAAUAUGUAAGUUGGUGGUGAGAAAGGAGCUGAUAGUUGGGGACAAGAUUUAUUGGAAACGAGGGUACAGAUUUAGAUCCCAUUAUAGAGUAUGGAUGUUUGAAGAUGAUCCAUACGUUGUAGAAAGAGGGAGAAGGAGUAGAUGGAAAAGGUUCUCUGGGUCCUCUGCUUUAGGAAAGUUUGUAGAGCAGGUCUAGGACUGAUCUAAAAACUUGAGCUGGAGUAGGGGAGGCUGAAGGAGGUUUUGUAUGAGACCAGAUAAACUUUAUGAAAGAUCCAUUUAAAUGGGGAUGACUGCUGGAGAGACUUCGUGUGUGGUUGCCCGGAAGGCCUCUGGAAUUAGGAAGGGGCCAGAUUGUGAGAAGCCAGCAGAGGUCUGUAAAUCGUUACAAAACAGACCUCUGGAAGCACUAUGGGUGGUCUCGAGGUACAAAUGGCGGA